AUGUCGUUUGAAGACAAAGUGAAAGAGCUCAGCCUGCUUGGCGAAAACGUACACUGCAUGGAAUGCAACACACGAAACACGCAGUGGGCCAGUUUGUCCUACGGAAUAUUCUUGUGCAUUGAGUGUGCGAGUUUGCACCGGUCGUUUGGUGUUAGAGUAAGCGUUGUGAGGAGCGUUAACAUGGAUAAGUGGAAUGAAGAGGGAUAUUUAAAAAUGAAGAUGGGCAGCAAUGAGAAGUUCAAGGACUUUUUGAGAAUACAAGGCAUUAUAUCGCUACCUACGAGGGAACGGUAUCAGACAGAAGCGGUUAGAGAUUAUAUGAUUUGUUUGAAGGAGAAUGUCGAAAAAGAGCUGCCGGAGUGCGUAAAAGCGAGUAGUAAUACAACGGUUCAUACCACACACCGGAUCAAUACCAUGCCAUCCGUAAGUUACACUCGUUUAGAAUCGGUGUCGUCCACCGAUUUGCGGUCCUCGGUUUCCACAACAUUGAACAAAAUAACAGAUUUUGUAUCAGAAAACGCCCUAUAUUUGAAGGACAAGGGCGUGCAGGUGGGAUAUAAGCUGAAUGAGAGCGUUUUGAGGCCUUCAACAACGUAUCUCAAGGAGAAAGGCAAAGUAUUUUACAGUAAGUUCAACGGAAAGGAAAGUAAGAAGGUAGAGUUUGGGCAAACCCGUGAAAACGUGCAGGUUAAGUACAAAGAUACGAGCAAAUGGGACUAGAAG